CAUUUAUUCCAUUCUUGUAUUAUCAGUUAAGUGAAUGACUAUCGUAGUACCAAAAUGACCACGUUAGGAGUAAUCAAUAACUCUGGGAUAGAAAGACAUGCAAGUUCUUUGCCAUCUUUAGACAUUACCAUCCCAGUACCAGUAAUUAAACCUGUACCCCAAAAAAGUUCUCGAGUUGUUUCAGGUGAAGCUUUGACAUACAUUGUUUCCGCAUUUUACGCCAAAAUAUUAGUCAUUUUUGGUGUAGCUUUACCAGUAACAGACUCUAUAGCAACCGAUAACGAAACCUCCUAUGUCGGAUUUUACGUCUAUCUUUACGUCGGAAGCGUAAUAUUUUUAAUAUACAUGUUCACUCACAGCGUAAAGGAAAGGACUUUAAAAUCCAACCCGGAGGAAAAAGACGACAAAUCGGACGUCAUACCUUUAUCGCAACAUAACAAACAAUAUAUCAGAUACGGAAGCUUUUACUUCAGGACUGGAGUCACAGGGUUUGGACUGGGCUCGGUCAUAUAUUCAGGACUCCAAUUGGGACAAUACUUUGAGCUAUCAUCCGAUAACGGCUGCAAUGAUAUAUUGAAAGCCGCUAAACCUGCCGUACGAAUCGUCUUCGUUCUUAUGCAAAUGCUUUUCAUUUUUUCCUACAGUAACUUCAUGGCUGUUCAAAAAUCGAAACUCCUUGCAAAAGUCGGUCUAAUGCACAUGAUUGCAACGAAUCUGUGCGAGUGGUUGUACGUCCUGGUGCAGGAAACGCAACACGAUAUAUUUCUGUCGGCAAAAAGGAGACAGGAUAACGCCUUAAGAGACAAUCAAACGCUGUCCGAUGUGGACAUACAGUUUCUGAGCUCAAAAUCGUUUCAAAUAACGAAGCAAAUGAUCGAAAAUCAAAACAAUUGCCUCAACUCCAAUAUAAUGAUGUCUAUAUUGCAAAAGUCUGAGCCGUAUUUAGCCCCUUGCACAGUAGAAUACAGCUUACUCUGUGCCGUUAUUCUCGGAGUUAUGUGGAAAAAUUCCUGCCAAGAUAGCCAGGACACAGACAACGAAGUUGAUGCAAUGUUUAUUCAAAGGGAUAAGGGCCAGCGAAUUCAAAGGCAAAACAAAUUUUCUGUUGACUGUGCUGAAGCUCACAAAGGGAUGUUUAGCGGUAUAAUGGUCUUGACUUUAACGACAACUAGUCUCAUCAUGUUUUUCGAACUCGUUUCUUACAAGCAAUACAAAGAUAUUGCGGUACUACAGGUGAACGUUUGGGAAGCGAUAUUAUUUGCAACGGCCACGGUGGCUGCCGUGAUGUGCAUUGUUGCCCUGAGGGACGUAGGGUUAAGGACGACCGUCGUCGAACUCGAGCUCGAACAUUUGCUCCUUCUUGUAACCCAAAGUGGUCUUUUCAUGUAUUUUCUGUUUCAAGUAAUCGGGGCCGCUCUUAUGGGACUUAACAAAGGACGAGGUGGCCUGAUGAGAAUAAUAACGCCUAUAACUGCCCUCAUCCAAAGCUGCUGUCAAACAGUAUUGAUUUUGGAUGCAUGGAGGCGUCACUGUACCACCUCAUCACAAAUUCGGCAGAAGCCUGCGAGGCAAUUGAUCACUUUUCUUUUGCUAGUCAACAUAUCCCUGUGGAUUGUCAACAGGAUAAAAAAUAACAGGGCCUUUUCUCAUCCAAAUCAAAUGGACUUUUACGGUGUUCUAGCUUGGAAUAUAAUAACCCAUGUAACAAUGCCACUUGUUGUAUCAUACAGAUUUCAGUCCACGGUAUGUUUCUAUGAAAUUUGGAAAAAGGUUUACAAAUCCCGCUCAAGUUUUGACGACGGCAACAGUAAUGUAGAAGACGACCCCUGAGUUACGUAUUACGAGCAAAAAAUAUGUAAAUCUAAUAUGUGCGCACAUAAAUGUCUGUGAUGGAAAUUUUAACAAAUAGGUACACAACACAUGAAUACAUUUUUGUUAAUAUACAUAUGUUUAUGUUCCUGAAAUUAUACAAUUGUCCAAUGGU